AUGGCAUCGCAGUUCACCCAGUCCCAGAUCGAGGCGAAAAUGAACGAAAUUCGUAGGGCAAAUGCAACAGCAAAGCUUAUUCCAACAUCUGCUCUGUGCCAGUGGGCGGUUGAACUUCUUUCCGGCACACACUCUUCCCUGAUGAACCCUCCUGCCUCCGUCUCUGUGGAGCCAACUUUGCAGGACGAAGAAGAUCUGGGAGAAGAUGCAACUGAGUUUGGUGAUAUAGUGGAACUCAAGGGCCACAAGUUUGUAAUCUGCAAUGGACUUGUCAUACCGAAGGAUCUCCUGGAAGACAAGGUGCUACCGAUGAUAGACAAUUACAUGAAGGAGCAUGGCAUCACACUGGAUCAGGUCUUCAAUGAGAUGAUGCAGUGA